UCAAUAGGAACAACUCAAUACCUCAAUGGUCCUCCGGAGUGCAUUCAACUAACCCCCUCCGGUGCUAAUCAUCCCUUUCAAAGACUCUUUUGGAGAGUCCAUAAAAAGAGGGUCUGCCUAGCGGAACAAAAGAAUGCAGAGAGGGGUAGCAUCCCCAUUGUCAUUGUAUGGAUGGGAUUGUCUUCCAAUCAAAGACGAGGGGGACUUCUCCAUUUAUUCGAUCGGACUGGUCUCGCCUCGGUUUCAUAAACUAAUGUGGAUAAACUGACCCAGCAGGUUCCUGCGGUGAUCAGGCCUCGCUCUAAACCAUACCAAACAAAGUUCGGUAUUGAUGGGAAACACGUCCUCGGAGAUAGACAACAUCGUAAGCCUCACAUACCCAACAUGAGUUGAUGUUUGGCAAAUGCUGGAAGAGCUCGCAGUGACAUCACGAAAAAGGGGUCACGAGAUUUACCCCCUGUUACUGAGGGCGAGGGGGGUAAUAGCGAGCAAAGUUCAUGAAAGAAACGCUGAUUCCCGCACGGGACGAACGAAAACAAAAGCGACCUAAACAACUCUCAGCCGUUCGCCCCUAUCGUAGCGUUGCUACGGCUACGAUACGCUAUCUCAUUGUGAGUGCUGAUCGACAGUGCGAAGGGCACACACGUUGUAUGUGCGUUUCUCCGUUUGAUAGUAGUAAAGUCAACCAACAGCCGGCAUUGCAUCUGAUAUCUCGCGCUUGUUUACUGAAUAACAUUCAUUGUAAUCCUGAGGCAAUUCGAGACCAUCGGAAAGUAUACUUGAAAUAACGAAUGAAUCCUUCGUAUUCGAUUGACUGGAUUCUCAACAGAAGAGACAGACUAUUUUUAAAAAGUUUACAGACUUUAGACUUUUACCCACUCUUGGAGUUGGAAAUACCAAAGUAUUUACACAUACAGGAGUAAACAUGCACGAAUAUACAGCAGUUGAUUUUAACGAUCAUAUGAAAAGUUGCACCAUGGAUUCGCGAAAUCAUUUGUUUUUUGGCAAAGCCAGGGAUAAAGAUUUCUAUUUAAUCUUCAUUUAAAGAAUUGAAUCACGUAUCUUCAGAUGUGUGAUAACGCUCAUGCUUUUCAGCCAAAACUUUGAAUUUAAUUUAUUGGCAAACUGAAGGCUUGUAUCUUCAGUCGGAUUUUCUCGCUUUCUGUCACAAGUUAAACACGAUUACUGCAGAGGAUCCUAAUGUAUUUGACAUCUCUUUUGGUGAAUGAAUAUUAAAAAUUAAUGAAUUUAAUCGGAGCACAGAAUGGAAGAUUAACUUCAAGCUUGUAUUAUGACGCGAGGACCGAUGGCGGAAACUAGAUGGAGUAAUUUCAGUGGUACUCCAGCCGACACCAAUGAUGUCGAGACGAUCAACACGGCACCCCCGAUCUCUUCCUACAGGACCAUGUACCACCAUGCCCCUCCACCGGCUGGUAGCGGUAAUCAAGGGACUCUGGGGGCGAGUCCCGAUCAGCAGAUCAUCACCCCCAUGCCGACAGUGAUGCCAGCAUCCACCGUCUACGACGCCGGGGACCCAUACGGCUUCUCGAUCUCGGAUUGGUCACCGCGUCACUGCGCCGUCGACGUUGCAAGAGUGCAGAUAAAACCGAACGCUUCAAAUGCGGUGUCGAGCUCGGAUUCUGACAUCUUUAAGCGAUCCAUCAAUGAGAGACUCGACAAAUACAUGGUGAUCCGACAACGGACGUUCCAUGGGUUGACGAGGAGCAAGAGUGCUCUUCGACGAUUACCUCUCACCGACCCGAGAGAGACGAUGAGUGAGGGUUCGACGCCGACUUGGUUGCAUCGAUCAAAGACGGAUCUUUACAUCGAGAAAUGGAGAUCGAAAUCGAAUGGAAAGAAUCGUGAACGAAGCAAAAGUGGAUCGUCAGCGAUUGAUUUAUCAGGAAUGACUUUAAGCUCCCUCUGCGAUUCUCUUCCUAAGAGUAGACUUGAGAGAGCUCUAUCACUGCCUUCAAGCACAUCCCGGAGAGGGGGUAAAUCUGUUCCAAAACCCCUGACCACCAGUAAGGUGUCGAACGGUUCAGAAACACGGUUCCCUCCUUUACCACCCACCUCGUUAAAACACCCUCCCAACGAACCACAUUCAAAGACAACCAAUCUUUUACGGGAACGUGUUUACGAACCCGACGUCGGAACUGCGCACACACCGUCGCCGUCGCCAACUAAAGGUAUUCUCUCCCCCACCCAGAAGAAAUCUCCAUCUUUCAAUGUCCUCGUGGUGCCAUCACAACGAGAAAACGAGAGUAAGGACUCCUACGAAGCUCCGAAUCAUGUUAAUCAAUCUCCUUAUAGUGAAGGAAUCCGAGGAGGGGGGCGACAGGGCAAGGAAGAUCAGGUUACAAAGAAAAGCGGUAAUAAUUCGCAGUCGUCACCAGAUUCGCCGAGGAGAUCGAAAGACAAAUGGACUAAACAAAAGAAACACGUUGCUGCAAUUCCUCUUCAAAUUUGGGAACCAACUUUUGAAGGUGUGGUCUCCAGCAAUCCCAAAUUCACAUCACCUCGCCAUCAGACAACAAGUACCUGGCCUGGCAACACUCUAAGACAAGGUCUAAUGAAAUGAUGAACAUCAUAUUAGAAAAUAAUCAAUUAAGUUAAUCACCACCACCAUCAUGAUCAUUACGAUUUGUUAUUCUUGACACAUCAUCGCAGUUAUUACCAUUGUUAGUUUUGUUACCAUUAUGUUGUACCCAUAUUACAUCAUUUCAUAUUGAAAUAAGUCGACCGUGCGCUUGUGUUACAAUUUAAAAGUGAUAAUCUGAUAUUAAAUCAAUGUUUAUUUAUUGAUGUAGGUUUGUGACAUGACAUCCGAACUGCAAAUAUACAUAAAGCAAAUUAUGGAAUCUACAAUAUUUGUUCCGAAAUUAUCCUAUAUUUUUGUUUAUUUUCUGCUUUGUUGGUGAUGGUCUAUCACUCUACCCUAAACUAUUGGAUUAAUAAUUUCGCUUUCUAAAGUAUAUUCUAACGAUAUGAAUUUACAUGUAUUAUAUUCAGGAAGUGAUGUUUUGCCUAUGCAAUUAGUUAAAUGUGUUUGUAAAGAUGAUCUUGCCUUUGAAAGUAUUUUUUUUUUCAAUCCGUCCUUACUAUUCUCAGGUUUUUACGUGUAAAAUUUUUGAGUAUGAAUAUAGUACAUGUAAGUAUACAGACUAUACAUUGUAACAGAAAUUUGUAAUUGCUUAUCGAAUAUAAAGUAUAAGAAAUAGUAAAGAGUGUUAUCCUGAAAUUAUUUUAUUUAUUCACCCCAUAACAAAAUCAGUAUUACAAUUUUUCGAAAAGGGGGAAAAUAUGGUUUGCGGGAUGCAAAAGACACCCCGAACCACUGACUUCAAUUCUGAGUAAGGGCAUAAGAAAAAUCAUCAUUUUAUUUAUUUAAAAUAUAUUUCUUGUAAAGAGCUACACCUAUAUACUGUAUUUCUUUAAUCAAGGAGAUAUCCGGCUUUCGCGCGCUAUGUUAUGCAAGUCAAAUAGCGUUACAUAGAUAAUGGACGAAAUUUGUAAUUGGAUAGUUUAACCUUUAUCAUUGCACUUGCUAAUCCUAGAGAAUCCUCUUGAUUAUCAGCUGCAUGAUUACUUAAUUGUUCCUUCAAAAUUAAUUAUUAUGAUAUUGUCAGACAAUCAAAUAUAAGUAAACUUGCGCAUUCUUAAAUAUUGAUAGUCAACAUUAACAGUGACUAUAAUGUUUUUACUGUAAAUCUUGCUGGCUUUCUUUUAAGUGAAGGCAUUGCAUGUGAUACAGACUCGUAAAAUGUAAUAAAACCCAUCAAGGAGUGGUGUCAUAAUUCCAUACUUUGCCCUUGUUAUAUUUAGCUUGAUACUUCUACAUUCGCAUCAUGAUAAAUGAUAAUAAUCGUCAUAAAUAGUAUUUUUGCGUGUGGAAUAAUUGUUUGAAUUUUGUAUAGGGCUAAUACAUGUGCUUUUUAAAAAGGCAUGUUUUUAACACAGAUUGUAAUCUGUUGAAAUCUGUUAUUGAUCUGAGGUAGAUACAAUCAUCAUCUAGAACUUAAUGAAAAAUACUCAUAUUAACAUGAUUAAAAUAGCUGUCAACUUAGACACUUCAAAAACAUAUGAAUGAAACCUGUACUUCUACACUUAAAUCCAGAUAUAGUGAUCAUUUUUUUAAUGAAGCUGUGUAUGAAAUUGCCGACGGUAACUUUAUGUGGUGUCGUCACGCAAACCUGGUUCUACGGUUUUUAUGUAUCAAAUGAAUGCAUUUGCUCAGGAUUUAUUUUAUACCAUUAUCAUGUGGCUCAUUGGAAUAUGAUAAACGUUCUAUAGUUUAUGUAUAUCGUUUGCAUGUAUCGUCCAAACGUACAUAAUAGAAAAUUAUAUCAUUAAUUUGGGUCAAUCUAAAAGAAUUCAAAAUGGGUAUUUUCUGCUUUGAACAGAACGUUAAUAGUAAAGGCUAAAUCUCAACAGAUUAUUUUUACCAUGUCUCCCCCAUACAAAAAAGUAAAAAUGACCAUAUGAUGCCCCCCCCCCCCACUUUGGAAACCGUUCCGCGGCCCCUGCUUUCCGUCAUAAAAUGAUGUUCAAAAGAGGAAGAUAUGUAGUGCGUCCAUAGGUCAUCAAUGUUACCGUGUAUAGUAAACAUUAAAUCCCUGUGUAAUGCAUAAAUAUAAAGCAUGUACUCUCUAUCAAUGAAUCAAUUAAUUAGUUUGAAUUCCGUGUUUGAGUUGAUGUUUAGGCCAUAUCAAUUCGACCCGACCAAAGGGCAAUUGCAUUAAAACAAUUACCACGAAGCGUAAAACAUACAUUUAAGCACUAUUAUUAUUCUUGUGCAAAUAUGAAGAAUGAUGUCCGAAUCUCAAACCUUUUCUUUCGAUCUUUGAACCAUCAUCAUACUCAUAAUGCAUACGUAGGCCUACAGUUGUGCUGAAAAGUUAGUGAACCCCCACCACAAAAUGCACUCCUUCAUGCUGAGUGUUGAAUGUAGACAACAUCACUAUACAACCGUCAUGACCAUGGAGCUCAAGUUCCGUUAUAGCUCCAUGACCAAAAUGUAUACCCGUACGUUUAAAAGGGGAAGUCUACACUCAAACUAAAUGUUUCUUUGUUUAAAAAGGGCUAUAAUUAUGAAAACCGAACGAAUGAUAUUGUUUUAAAAGCUUGCAUUUUAUAACGUCAUUUGUCUAUACACGUAUACGUUGUUUACCUCUAUGUAUUUCAUAAGUAAACAAAACAAAAUAUUCUUUAGUCUUCCAGUGGCAAUUUUUGGGUUGGAAUAAAACGUAAAAAAAGGAUACAUGUAAGAUUUACAUGUAGUUUAUCAUUUCUCACUGAUUUUCUCCAAAUUUUCUCUGAUAUUGAUAUUAACUUCAUGUGAAGAUGGAGUUUCCUUUUGAUAUGCUGGUAAUUUGGUUAUGAUCUUGAUGGUUAACGGACAUGUUAUACAUGUACAUACACUUUAUUGUGAAUUUGUUGAAGUCUAUAUAUGAAUUUAUAUAAAAUAACACCUUAAAUUAUAA